AUUUCCCUCUGAAAUAUAGUGGGGUAGUAGCAUAACAUGGAAAUAGUCAAGUGAAGUGCCUCAAUGUUGUACUAAAGUACAGUACUUGAGUAAACGUACAUUCCACCACUGCCUACAGCUGAGAGCCAGACACUUUAUUCUGUCCUUGAAGUGCCAGUGUACUAACAAACUCUAAUUGUCCCAGCUGCUGCUCAUUAAACACCAGGGAGCCACACAAAGCUGCAUCACAAGAGAAUUGAUAAGGUAGGCGCAACAGAUUCCUGGCUGAGCGGGUCAAUAUAUUAUAAAAACCUAAGUAACCGUAGGGCAGACACAUUCACUUACACAACAAGCAUCAAUCGUCCUCUCCUCACUCCUCCCUUUUCUAAAGUGGGACUUUACAACAGCUGGUAGCUGUGGUUUUUGGCAAACAGCUCCAAACUGUUGGCUCUCCGGAAAAAAUACACCUUCGCGUGUCCACAGUGGAGAAACAUCCGGGAGGAAGUGAUGCAAUCGUUUGAAUUACUUAUAUACAGUUGGAGUUUCCUACAACUUAUCCACAGAUCGAGCAUUUACUGCCUCAACUGCCAGCUUUCUAUACGUGGCUCAGAACGGACACUGGGUUCUCCUGUUUGCUUCUACACACACUGAACAAGGACCACUGACGACAUUUCUCACACCAGCUCUGAAUCUAACACACAAAAGAAUGAGGGGUACCGUAGUAAUGUUUUGCCUGAUUGGAGCAGUUUUUGCCAACCCAAUUUUUUUCAAUGUCGUUUUGGAAUCAAAUGAGCUUGACUCAAACUCGACUGAGAGUGUGUCUGUUUCACAAUCAUCUGAAAAUGACACCUCAGAGCUUCAGAGCUCUGAAGAAAGUAACUCUAGUCAAAGUCAGAGCUCAGAGUCUGAAUCAUUAGAAUCUACAUCCGAGGACAAGACUUCAGAGGAGAGUAACAGUGAAUCAGAUGAGGAUAAUGGGAUGGAGUUUAUGACUGAAACCAGAGAUGACAGCAUGGCCAGCGAGGAGAACGUUCGAAAGAGUUGGGUUCAAGUGUUUGCAGACAUCAUCAAAGACCUGAGCGCAGAGGACAACAGCAGCACAGAGGUCAAGGGUCAAUCGGACCACCUGACUGAGAAACAGCCCACUCUUACCUCCAACACAAACCUGCUGCUGGUGGAGAAUCCCACCGACAGCAGUGACAGCACCAGCGACAGCGCAGAAACCGUUGAAAUUAUAACCGCCAGAAACAGCAGUGAGAGCUCCAGCAGUGAAAGCAGUGAAAGCAGCCAGACCAGUGAGGCCAGUGACAGCAGCAGUAAUGCCAGCAAGAGCUCGGAGGAGAGUAAUGCCAGUGACAGCGCCGAGCUGGAGCAAAUCAAAACCCAAGACUGUGUGAAUGGAACUCAGAGCUGCGAAAGUGAAGAGUAUUUCUUCAAGGAUAUUGGAGACGAUGCUCAUUACUCGGUGGACAAUCUGAUGGUGCCAGAUGAGGAUGAAAGGGAGUUAAGUCUAAGGAGAUGAUGACAUGCACUUGUGCAGCUUUAUGUUUUCCCACUAUGAACUACUGCACCAUUAAAUGACCUGCCUGAAGACUUCAGGAUUAUACAUUUUAAUCUUGCCCAUGCUUCUGAAUAUUGAUUUUGGCAUUAUGUUUCCUGCAGCUGAUUGAUUUAUGUGUGUGUGAUUAUUGUUGUGAUGAUGAUGUAGCCUAAGUAUUUACUUUUGUGUUGAUGAUAAUAAACAUAUAAUAUAACCAUA